AUCUCCAAGUGCCGGGAGGCCAUCCGGGAAUGCGUGCGGUACUGCGACGAAGCGGAGGGCGACGUGCCCAUCCCCUCUGAGCUGUUCGACUCUGACGGCGAGCUGGACCUGGACCACAUCUUCUGCUCGAAGUGCAGGGGCAACGAGAGCGACGAGGAGAACGACAUCAUCCUGUGCGACGGCAUGUGCAACCGCGCCUACCACGUGCGCUGCCUGGUGCCCCCCGUCAACCCCGAGGAGCUGCCGGAGGACGAGGGCUGGCUGUGCCCCGCCUGCGACCGCAAGGUGACGGGGUGGCGGCGCGGCUGCCCGCUCGACUACCGCAAGCUGGCCACAGAGAUGUUUGGGCACGCAGAGGAGCCAGAGGCGCACGAGGAGGGCGGCGAGGGCGAGGACGAGGUCUGGUCGCCGCGGCUGCAGCAGAAGCGCAAGAAGCGGGGCGGGUGGCGGCGCCGCGGCUCCGACAGCGAGGAGGAGGGGCGUUCGGAUGGCAGCAAUGCCGGGGACAAGUCUGAUGAGGAGGGAGAGGAGGCGCAGGGCGAGGGGGAGGAGGAGGGAGGAGGCGAGAAGGCUGAGGCCGGCCAGGACGGCGAGCAGCUGGCGCAGGAGGUGCAAGAGCAGCAGCAGCCACAGGACGAGAGAGCCGCGGCGGCUGCGCCGGCACCGCCGCCUGCGGCGAGCGCGGAUGGCGCCUGA